GCAAUUAAUAUCUGGAAAGCAAUGAAUUAUUCCAACAAUUAUUCGUUUAAUAAUUCAAACGUAAACUCAAUUCCAUUUCAAAUGAGAUUUGAAAGUUGUCUUAAAGAGCCGAUUGUGGCGAAGUGUCAUCAGUUGUCUCAACUGAUCCACGAGUCGAUUACUAGUAAUCUUAAGGAAAUUCAAAACAAUUACAUCUCAUUGGUUGAGGACAUCUUCGGAAUCGGUGUUCACGCGAUGUCCACCGACUGGUCUCUCAAACUCAUUACCCGAAACUAUAGCCCCCGAGAGUUUGACACAAUCUAUGCAUUUCUUCACCAAAACGGACCACUCUUUCAGCUGAUCCGACAACUGAUGAACGAUCCGUCAUAUCGUUAUGAGUUCCCAAAGAAAUACCUUCCGGCGCCGACCAAACUAUCGCUCGACGAAGGAGUGGUUCCCAGUGUUUACGCCAACAAAAUAUCUCACGCCUUAUCCAACACUAUAUCUGUGAACGCAUUCGAGUUCUUCGUCUAUCACUUCUCGUACCACAUGUUGAACAACAGUCCAACACUUUAUAGUCAACGAAAUCCAUACUAUUUUGAGCACUUGAAUAACGCCAACACUAACCCAUCAAAUAUUGUCUAUUUCGCACUCUUGGAGUCUUAUCUCAAUUAUUUGAUCCCAUUGUCCUCCAAUCAGGAGACGUCUCAUCAGAGCCCCAACUCUCAGUCCAGUAUUUGGCAGUCCCUGUCGUCGACCACAUCGAGUCUUCUUCAUUUGGGAACCGCUGCCAACAGUUCGGUGUCCGCUAAACCAAUGCCCGCUUCGCCGCAGACUUCAACUCUAUUCAAGUCAUCGAUACUUAAUUUGAAGCCAUUGUUAAGCGGAGGACACGAACACCACAGCAAUGAACAGUUGUCUAACCGUACAGUUCAGGACUCUUUGGGCUCUGAAAUCGUGAAAUGCGAAACAUUUCUCAUGAUAUUGACUGAGAUAUGGUUCAAUCACGCCAUACCUCACGCGUUGGCCAAAAGACACAACAGUCCAUCAAAACAGCAGUCAUUUUCUCCCAAUUCAGACCACAUGAGAGCCGUGAGAAUUCUGGUCAAACAUUUGCAUUACUUCGCCAACAGUUGCGUCAAACAGACCAACGAGUCGUUGAAUUGUAUGGAUUCGCCGCUCAAUGACUUGAAGCGCUCCAUUUGGUCGCAUAAGUACUUCUAUCAGAAGAGAUUGUAUACAUUCCUCCGGUUAUCAUUCGAUCGGUGGCCGAACGACACAUCGUUCCGACUGCCGUUGGAGACGUGGCUCAGUUAUAUACAGCCCUGGCGUUACACCAGCGCCACAGCCGGUCAGACAAACACCGACGACAAAGACGUGAAGCAAGAGAUCAGUCUCACUGACAAUCAGUGGAAACAAUUCAUUUCAGACAACCUAUUGUUUUAUUCGGUAAUAUUCCGUCAACUGAUCCCACGAUUCUCACGCGUAUUGGACUUGAAUUCGUCUAAAAACGCAUUAAUGCUCUUCAGACUCACGAAAGUCUUCUCUCAACAAAACCUCGCGCUUUGGAUCAGAGAAGCGGAGAAUUCACUCAUGAGUAGUGACCCGACGGCCACCAGUUUCUUGCAAAAUAGUUGGGCCACAAACUCGAGGGCGAGUCUAUUAUCGCCGACAUUACGCCAACAAAAUGUUAACUCUUUGGCCGGAAAUAUGAGACAUCCGUUAAUGGAAUCGGAAUCUAAUACUUUUGAAUACAUCCCACUCUUCUGCCCAGCGAUUAAACCUUUGAUUUUACAACUUUUGAACGAAAUAUCCAAAGCAUUGUUUAGUAUAUCGGAAAUGAUAACAAAGGCUCAGUUGUCGGAAGAGUCGACUAUUUCUGGUCUUUCAUUCAUUCAAUACAUGACAUCAUUCUUUCAGAUAACCGAAGAUAUGACUAAAACGGAUGAGAAUAAGAGGAUUUUAGUCGACAAAAGUAAGACCAAAAAUCACUUACAAAUAGCGUCCACACAAUUGUCAGCACUGUUUGAAAUGCCGGCCCACGAGUCGGACCUCUUUGCAAAUGAAACCAUUGAUGAGACCAACAAUGAGUGCACUCCUCUCAGACACCGACCGCAAGCGCUGUAUGAGGAGAGGGACGGAACUCCCAAAUUGACACCAUUUGGUAGAACCCAACUCCUCAACAGACAGUGUAAGCCUAACCUGAAUCUGAUUGAAGGCAAUCCCGACCGACAGCCCGUCCGGAGCUAUGAGUUUUACUAUUUCGUUCAAAUCUUGUUAUUCAUCUCCGAUUGGAUUAAUCAAAGAUAUGGACAACAAAUUCACAAUUUAUAUAAUAGACAGGGAUUUGUGGGCAUAUUUGUGAAGCAAGUGAUUACUGGUCCCACAUAUUACGUACGGAUCGUCAAGUCUGGAACCGCUUACAGACCACCCGAUAGAGUGACCGAAAUGUUGAAUCCGAGAAUCAGUUUGCGAUUUAUGGCUAAUAAACUCUAUAUGAUAAUUACAACCACAUAA